AGCACGGUUGCCGGUUAGGAAGCUACCGUAGCGCUAUAGGUAACCCUGUAGUAGGGUUUGUACGGUGUGUGAGGUGGUGUGAAGCCCUGCCUCAAAUAUCUGCCGUGGAAGGGACUUUUCGAUCACCGAGAAUCAGUAAACUGAAUUAACGAUGACCGAUCACGCUGUGAAUAAUAUAGAUCAAUAUGGGGAUGGUUACAUGGAACCAGAAGAAGAAUGGGAAAGGGAAGGACUACUCGAUCCAGCAUGGGAGAAACAACAGAAAAAGACUUUCACGGCGUGGUGCAACUCACACCUCCGAAAGGCAGGCACAGCCAUCGAGAAUAUAGAUGAAGAUUUCCGCAAUGGACUUAAGUUGAUGCUGCUUCUGGAGGUUAUCUCUGGGGAGACAUUGCCCAAGCCAGAUCGUGGAAAGAUGCGAUUUCACAAGAUUGCAAAUGUUAACAAGGCUCUUGACUUCAUUGCUAGCAAGGGUGUCAAACUGGUGUCCAUUGGUGCUGAAGAAAUUGUCGAUGGAAACCUGAAGAUGACUCUGGGUAUGAUUUGGACCAUCAUUUUAAGGUUUGCCAUCCAGGACAUCUCUGUUGAGGAAAUGACUGCAAAGGAAGGGCUGUUGCUUUGGUGCCAACGCAAGACAGCACCGUACAAGAAUGUCAAUGUGCAGAACUUCCAUCUCAGCUUCAAGGAUGGUCUGGCUUUCUGCGCUCUCAUCCAUCGCCAUCGCCCAGACCUGAUAGAUUAUAACAAGCUCAGCAAGGACAAUCCACUUGAAAAUUUGAACACCGCAUUUGAUGUGGCUGAGAAGUACCUUGACAUCCCUCGAAUGUUGGAUCCUGAUGACCUGGUAAACACUGCGAUGCCGGAUGAACGCGCUGUGAUGACCUACGUCUCAUCAUAUUACCACUGCUUCUCAGGCGCACAGAAGGCAGAGACUGCUGCUAAUAGAAUCUGCAAGGUUUUGAAAGUCAACCAGGAGAAUGAACGCCUUAUGGAGGAAUAUGAGCGGUUGGCUAGUGAUUUGUUGGAGUGGAUCCGGCGCACAAUGCCGUGGCUGAACAGCCGCCAGACAGACAACUCGUUGGCUGGUGUGCAGAAGAAACUUGAAGAGUACCGUACUUACCGGCGCAAGCACAAGCCUCCCCGUGUGGAACAAAAAGCAAAAUUGGAAACAAACUUCAACACCCUGCAAACAAAGUUACGUCUGUCUAAUCGACCAGCCUACAUGCCCACCGAAGGGAAGAUGGUCUCAGACAUAGCCAAUGCUUGGAAAGGGCUGGAGCUUUCAGAGAAGUCAUUUGAAGAAUGGCUUUUGUCUGAAAUGAUGAGGUUGGAACGUCUGGAACAUCUUGCUCAGAAGUUCAAGCACAAGGCUGACAUCCAUGAAGACUGGACGCGAGGCAAAGAGGAGAUGUUGCAGAGCCAGGACUUCCGGCAGUGCAAGUUGAAUGAGCUGAAAGCUCUGAAGAAAAAGCAUGAAGCAUUCGAGUCUGACCUAGCUGCACAUCAGGAUCGUGUAGAACAAAUUGCAGCUAUUGCUCAGGAACUGAACACUCUGGAAUACCAUGACAGUGCUUCUGUGAAUUCUCGUUGCCAGAGGAUUUGUGACCAGUGGGACAGGCUAGGUAACCUGACACAGCGCAGACGUCAGGCUUUGGAUGAGGCAGAGAGGAUUCUUGAGAAAAUAGACAUCCUGCAUCUGGAGUUUGCUAAACGAGCUGCACCAUUCAACAAUUGGCUGGAUGGCACCCGGGAGGACCUUGUAGACAUGUUCAUUGUCCAUACCAUGGAGGAAAUACAAGGUCUGAUCGAUGCACAUAGCCAGUUCAAGGCAACAUUGGGAGAAGCAGAUAAGGAGUACAACUCUAUUGUAGGGUUGGUUCGUGAGGUGGAGGCAACAGUGCAGAAGUACCAGGUCCCUGGUGGACUGGAAAACCCUUACACCACUCUCACAGCAAAUGACCUCACAAAGAAGUGGUCAGAUGUGCGGCAGCUUGUACCCCAGCGGGAUCAGACCUUGCAGGCAGAAUUGCGGAAGCAGCAGAACAAUGAGAUGGUUCGUAGGCAAUUUGCUGAGAAGGCCAACCAAGUGGGACCAUGGAUUGAACGGCAGAUGGAUGCAGUCACUGCCAUUGGCAUGGGUCUCCAGGGUUCACUUGAAGAUCAGCUACACAGACUGAAGGAAUAUGAACAAGGGGUUUAUGCCUACAAGCCACACAUUGAAGAACUUGAAAAGAUUCACCAGGCUGUACAGGAAGGCAUGAUUUUUGAGAACAGGUACACACAGUACACAAUGGAGACUCUGCGUGUCGGCUGGGAGCAACUGCUUACAUCCAUCAAUCGCAAUAUCAAUGAAGUGGAGAACCAGAUAUUAACAAGGGACUCAAAGGGCAUUACUCAGGAUCAACUGAAUGAGUUCCGCAGCAGCUUCAACCAUUUUGAUAAAAACCGCACCGGCCGUUUAGCACCUGAGGAAUUCAAAUCGUGCCUUGUGAGUUUGGGAUACAGCAUUGGCAAAGAUCGCCAGGGUGAGAUUGAUUUCCAGCGUAUCCUUGCUGUUGUGGAUCCCAACUCAACAGGUUAUGUGCACUUUGAUGCAUUCUUGGACUUCAUGACGCGUGAGACUACCGACACCGACACAGCAGAGCAGGUCAUCGAUUCAUUCCGCAUUCUUGCGGGAGAUAAGCCAUACAUCCUACCUGAUGAGCUGCGGAGAGAGCUGCCACCUGAUCAGGCAGAGUACUGCAUUCAGCGCAUGCCACCAUACAAGGGACCGAAUGCUGUACCUGGGGCUCUAGAUUACAUGUCCUUCUCCACGGCACUCUAUGGCGAGUCAGAUCUGUAAACCCAACCUGACAGAUCUCUCUGAUUCACACUACACUCAUUCACCCACCCACUCACUCACUCAUUGAAUCGUUCAUUCAGAAAGUUUGUACAUCAUUCGUAUUCGAGGAUUUUUUCUCUCAGCCUUGAACCAUCUUAACUGUGUGAAAAUUGUAGUUAGGACAAGAAUAUUCAGUUGUAACCCUGUAAAGGUUCGAUGUAUUUUCUUUGAAUCAUGAACCAGGAUAACUAAUUGACAAUGUGAUUGCAUUAAACGGAUUAUGAUUUCGGUCAACUGUUGUGGUUUGUCUUGGUCAGUGUAAACCAUCUGUUUGCCAUGUGAAGAGAGAAUGAAUUGAAUAUCAGUGGGUAUACACACAUAUACAUACACAUACAUGUGUCAAAUUGUUCACACAACACUUGUAGAAAUAAUUUACUUUAUUUUAUUUUAACUUUUGCUGUGUAAUAAAAGAUUCACUCAAAAUGCCUCAUCAGUUGAAAGCCAGUGGCAAGGCAUUAAAAAAGUGUGUAAUUUUAUUGUAAAGUUCCUUUAAUUUAUUUUUAAAAUGGCAACAGUAGCUUUCAUUAUUAAAACAUUAUUUCGCAUUUUCAUUCAUUUUCAUGAACUCCUGUACUGCAAAAAUGUAUGUAGCGAUCAGUCUUGCCAAUCCAGUCUGAUUACAAGUAUUUUUAAUUUUAAGUUUUUUAAGGUUUCACAGUUUUGGUUCAAAACAUUAAAGACUAAGGUUGCCAACUGCUGGAUUCAAACUGGUCCACGUCCCUUCCACGGUUAUAUUCUUUAUUUUUUAUUUUGCUUUUACAACGAACAGCAUUUUCUACCGAGUAUCAGGAAAAAACACUGGUACCUCUGGUAGUUGCAACGAAUCGAAUGAAGCUAAGGCUUAACUAUUUGUAGAUUCAUUUGUCAUUUGACUAUAUUUGUGUACAGUAAAUAUAUUAAUUUGAAUAAAUAUAUGAAUGCAUAUAUUCCAAUAUGAUAUGUAUAAUCUAACAUAUUUGUCACAUUCAUUUUCCUUUCAUACUAAUCACAAGAAAACUAAUAUUUUGCACAGUCAACCUCAUAUCUCAGAACAAAAAAGAGAAAGCCCAUUCACUGCCAACACAUUAACUAGUGUCCUGCUGCAUAUUAAUGUUUCUAGUGGUAUUCAUUGCUUAAAUGAAAUUUAUGGCCAUUCCACUGUGGCUACAGGGCAGUGACUUAGUUUUACAUGAAUAAUGGAAGAAAUACUUGUAAUCGGACAGUGCUUGUCUUGUCCAAGUGAUUAAUGCACCAGUUGUGGAAUGGUUAAUACACUAGAAAUGCUUUCUUAAUGGACUGGAGGAAGAGAGGAAUCAGCCAGUUCUUUCAACGGUACAUGUCACAUUAAUAUUAGAAAUGAAAUUGUGUUCAGAUAAUGGGCGUUGGCAUAUUUCAGUAAUUAUUAUGUUAUUUUGAAAAUUAAGACUAUAAUUCCAAAUACACAAGAAUCUGUACAAAAUUACCUUAGAAGUGUGUGGAUUUUGUGACUGUCAUGUGGUCACCAUCUGUCUAGUCAUUGUAUAAUUCAUAUGUAAAUGAUAUCCAAAAUGGGAAGGAAAAUUAAAGUGUUUCUGGAAUUUAUAUUUUUCUCAUUCAAAGUUGAAUAAAGAUCAAAAUUUUUAAA